AUGUUCAACGUUUUGAAAACGGUUCUUUCUAUACUGGCGGGACUGUCAUUAGUGGCAUGCUACUGUCCGCGAAAUAAGAUCCAAGCCUACGGCGAGUGCAAGUUCCAGAUCACCUGUUUUGGCACCAUCCGUGAGGUGCGACUUCCUGAAAAGUGCAUUGAAUCCACUAACGGUCCUGUAGAUGUCAACGUCAAUCUAAAUGAUGCUGUCGAAAGGUUUGACAACAAUAUUGACACCAAUUUCCUUAGCACUAUUACUUCCUUAAAGAUUUCCGCAAAAUGGAAAGAAGCAUCCCUUGCUAUCUUACAGUACACCAGCAGACUAAAAAGCUUGAUACUCGUCGAUAUCGGCUUAGAACAUCUUUCAAAUUCACCAUUUUUUUAUCUCAGUCGUCUGGAAGAUUUAAAUUUGUCAUAUAACAAUCUAACCGAUAUUCAAGAAUUAUUUCAUUUUGAAAUACAUCCCAACAAACUGAACAGAUUAUGGUUAGCACAUAAUGCACUACAAUAUAUACCAGCUUUAACUUUUGAGGCAUUAUCUUCAUUAACAGAACUCGAUCUCUCCUACAAUCAUAUUUCUGAUCUUACUGAAGAGCCAUUUUUUAAUUUAACUAAACUUGAAAUACUGAGAUUGAAUAAUAACAGAAUCAAAGAUCUGAAUGGUGCAGUUAAUAGUCUUCAAACUCUGAAACAUUUAUAUCUGAGAGGUAAUCAAAUACAAAAUAUUGACGACGAGUCUUUAAAAACUAUUGAACAUUUAGAAACUUUUGAUAUUUCUGAAAAUAAUUUGGAAAAAAUAAAGCCUGUUGUGUUUUUAAGGCAUUGGAAUCAUUUUGGAAAUUAUUCGAGGUGUAAAAUUAUUCUUUCAGAGAAUCAAAUUUCUCAUGUUCCUAAUGCCACCUCCAUAGAGAUUUCAUCAAGAUAUGUAGCAAAUUUAGACGAGCGUGCUAUCGAUAUACAUACAGAAAUAGACCUCUCCAAAAAUACUAUCGAGAGUGUAGAAUACAAUGCUUUUCAGUCGUUAAUACGUGUGGAGUAUCUGGACUUGUCUGAGAAUAAAAUCAAGGAUUUUGUUGUAAAUUCCAAAGAGUUGGUUUACAUAAAGUAUUUAAAUUUAAGCAGUAAUCAUAUAUCGCAUUUAUAUUUUGAAAGUUUUUCUAAAAUGGAUAACUUGCAGAACCUUGACCUAUCCAACAAUAGAUUAGAUUUUAUUCCCGCUAUGACUUUUUAUAGAAAUUCAAAUCUAAAAGUUGUAAAUAUGACUAAAAAUGCCCUUGAAAAACUUGAUAGUAUCCAAAUAGUAAUGUUUCAUCCACAAGGAGGCGUUCUCGAUCUUUCUAAUAAUACGAUAUCUGAGCUUAAAGUACCUUUUGGGGAGGGGAUACGUUUAACAACUCUAAUACUACGUUCUAAUAAUAUUUCGAAUCCUUCACUAAUUGAUUUGAGAUUACAAACAGAUUUAAAAGUAUUAGAUAUGAGUAUUAAUAAAAUUGAAAAAUUAAAUAUUUCAUCUUUACUUUUACCAAUAAGUCUCGAAAAUUUAGACUUGAGUUUUAAUAAAAUAAAUGAAAUCGGUCCAUCUUCUUUUCAUAGACUAGAACGAUUGAAGUUCCUUCGAUUAGGUCAUAAUCAACUCACCCAUUUUCAAUACGGUGGAUUCCAUGCUUUGGGGUCUCUCUAUUACUUAGACCUCUCUUACAACCGAAUUAUUUCUUUAGAUUCUAAGUUACUCACGGAGUUAAAGUCUCUUCAAAUCCUAUCUGUACGAUCGAAUGAUAUGUAUUAUUUAGGUUAUAAAGCAUGGUACGGCCAUAAAGUAACAUUACUAGUAUAUAUUGAUAACAAUAAGUUAACGUGCCAAUGGUUAGCGAAGGCCCUUCAGGAUUAUAACAACAAGUUUUCUAAAAUGCGGCCUGUAGUGUUGGUUCCUACCAGAGCUCUCAAUUCCGUAGAUGGAAUACCAUGUAUAGUUCCUAAUGAAAAUAUCAUUGCUGACACUGACAACGAGAUGGCCGAUGAAAGAUUGUUAAUUAUCACUCAGAAAAUCCUAGAGGCUAUUCGUGAGGAGAAUAAUAAUUUAAGGCUGAUCAUAAAUCAUAAUGCUAUAAGAGAAAAUGAAAUAUCCACAAAAAAACAGCAUCUUUUACACCGUGUCUCCAGUGUUUAG